AUGAAGAGCCAUGUACCUUGUGACAUCUACCAGCUAAGUAUUGCUAUUCUUGGGCCCUGUUCUGCUUCCGAAAUUCAUCUGAUGAUGGAGCUGCUGAAGGGGUUGCUUUGGCGUCGUCCUUUCCUGGCAGUCACGCUGAACCUGCUGGCUCUCAGCCUUUCCACUACUGCCUUACUUGGCAGCUACUGGUGUACCGGGACUCAGAAGGUGCCCAAGCCUUUGUGUGGGACCAAUAAAGACACCAAGUGUAUUGGCGUCCACGUGUCGCCUGAUGCCGGGGCUAGCAAUUCUUCAUCCCAGGACGUGGUUCACUACGGCUGGGAGACGGGGGAUGACCGCUUUGCCUUCAGAUACUUCCACACGGGCAUGUGGCUUUCCUGUGAAGAAAGCAUGGAAGGGCCAGAGGAGAAGUGCCGUAGCUUUAUUGAGCUUUCCCCACCAGCAGAGAGAGGAAUCCUGUGGCUGUCUCUGGGGUCAGAGAUGCUGUACAUCAGCUUGCUGCUCAUCAGCUUCAUCCUCUUGGUGGUAGAAAUGCUACAUACCAGCAAUCCUGUUUGUGGGAUGAAGCUCAAUGCCUUCGCUGCUGUCUCCUCAGUGCUGUCAGGUCUUCUUGGGAUGGUGGCACACAUGAUGUAUACUCAAGUCUUCCAAGCAACAGUCAAUCUGGGACCAGAGGACUGGAGACCACACUCAUGGGACUAUGGCUGGGCUUUCUACAUGGCCUGGGUCUCCUUCACCUGCUGCAUGGCCUCUGCUGUCACUAUCCUCAAUACCUAUACCAAGACAGUGCUGGAGUUCAAAAGGAUCCACAUCAAGGGCUACAGUGAGAGUUUCAAGGAUCAGGCCCUCUACCACCAGUGCUACAUACAGCAGCAGAUAAGCAGCUACUACCAGCAACGAGACAGGCCCCUCCGUUCCGUCUCCGAGGGCGUCGACUUCUACUCUGCGCUGCAGCGGAAAGUGCUGCAGCAGGAACCAGAGCUGGAGCUGGACGAGGCCUUGGGACAGACAGAUGGGGAGGCCCAAUUCUAG